AUGGAGAAACAUGAUUGUAGUUUGGCUCUGGUGUUGCUGGUUAAGCAAAGCCUCCCCAGGCGGCGGCUGCUGUUGAUUGCUGCUGCUGAAGUUGUGCUUGAUCUGUUCUUGUUUCUCUGGAGAUGCUGGUGGUGGUGUUACAACUGUUUGCUGGUGGCCAAAGGAACAACUGUGUGUUCCCCUAUAUGUGACCUCAAAGAUGGGAAACAACUAGCACUAUUAGCCACCACCAAACAUUCAGCUUCUGCAGAACUUUAAGGCCUAGAAGAAGCAAGGAACUCACCUCUUCUUGCAGGCAUCAAUGGGGGCUUGAUUAUCCUUGAUUCCAUCAAAAUCCUCGCUCCUAGGACUUCCAUUCAUAGACAAUGGAGAUUCAGGAACCCCCGAACCAGAACCAGAACCAGUAGCUGCAGCAGCUACUGUUGCAGUAACAGCAGCAGCUUGCGGAGGUUGCUGUCCAACUGGUCCACUCCAAUUGAGAAUCAGCAGAGCCUUCUCAUAAGAAGACAAGAUCCUCUGCACUAAACUCUCUGCAUUCUCAACUGAAGGUGUCCCCUUGAGAUGAAAGCUCAGCUGUCUUGCAACUUCCAUCCCUUGGAUUAGCUCAUUCACCAGUGCUCUCUGCUCCCAGCUCCACCCUCCUCCCUCCAUUGAUCUUUUUUUUCCCCGGCAACCCAAUUUCUUACGAACCAGUCAAUCUCCAACAGAAACAAAUAAACAAGCAGCAGCUUCAGCAGCCUUCGAGCAUAAUCUAGAGUUCAGCCACUUGGUUCAUCGGAAGGCAAAGCUUCAAGCUUUUGCAGAAUGCUGUUGUCAGAGAAUUGGGAUGACCAGAGUUGGUAAUACGAUUCAGGAAGAGUGCCCAAUACCAUGGAAGUAACUUGAGUGAGAAGUAAGAACCAGAAAACAGCAAUGGGUAGCAGAAAGUUUGAAUCUUUUUUUGUUUCUGCUUGGUGGGUUUGGGAGAUGAGAAGGGAUCCAUGAGCUAUAUAUACAUAUACACAUGGGGUUACUGUUGGAAGUUUGAAUAUUUGACUGUGGAGAGAAACCGAGUUAUUUUAUUCAAUUCUCGGACUAGUCUUUGAUAACCCAGAAGGGGAUAUUGAAGAACUUGUCUGAGUGUGUAUGUGGUAGUGGUAGUGGUAGAGGAGAGAGAUUUGGAGGAUUUGGAAGGUCCAAAGUGAAAGAAGUGCUGACCAAUUCAAAACCCUUGCAGCACUUCAAGAUUGGAGAAAAUUGGAGUCUUCUUCCUUUUGAUUCCUUUGGUUUUUCUGGUUGGUUUCCUUAUUUGUUAGUUGGGAGGGUGAAUGAAUGCUUGAAGCUUGGACUUGAAAGGUAGAUAAGGACUAAAUAGAGUAGUAAAGGGGAGAAAGAAAAGUGGGGUUUAUGAGAAAAUUCAAACCAAGAUUACGCGUUGGCAUAGUUUUAUAGUUUAUGUGGGUGUGAUUGGG